AUGGCGGAGGGAGGAGCGGCGGAUCUGGACACCCAGCAGUCCGACAUCGCUACGCUGCUCAAAACCUCGCUUCGGAAAGGGGACACCUGGUAUUUAGUGGAUAGUCGUUGGUUCAAACAGUGGAAAAAAUAUGUUGGGUUUGACAGUUGGGACAAAUACCAGAUGGGAGAUCAGAAUGUGUACCCUGGUCCCAUUGAUAAUUCUGGACUCCUUAAAGAUGGUGAUGCUCAAUCCCUUAAGGAACAUCUUAUUGAUGAAUUGGAUUAUAUCCUAUUGCCAACUGAAGGCUGGAAUAAACUUGUCAGCUGGUACACAUUGAUGGAGGGUCAGGAACCAAUAGCACGCAAGGUGGUUGAACAGGGUAUGUUUGUAAAGCACUGCAAAGUAGAAGUAUAUCUAACAGAAUUAAAGCUGUGUGAAAAUGGAAAUAUGAACAAUGUUGUAACACGAAGAUUUAGCAAAGCUGACACAAUAGAUACAAUUGAAAAAGAAAUAAGAAAAAUCUUCAAUAUUCCAGAUGAAAAAGAGACCAGAUUAUGGAAUAAAUACAUGAGUAAUACAUUUGAACCACUAAAUAAGCCAGACAGUACCAUCCAGGAUGCUGGUUUAUAUCAAGGACAGAUGCUAGUAAUAGAGCAGAAAAAUGAAGAUGGAACAUGGCCAAGGGGUCCUUCAACUCCUAAGUCCCCAGGUGCAUCCAAUUUUUCAACUUUACCAAAGAUCUCUCCUUCAUCUCUAUCAAAUAAUUAUAACAACAUCAACAACAGAAAUGUGAAAAAUUCAAACUAUUGUCUCCCAUCAUACACUGCUUAUAAGAACUAUGAUUAUUCAGAGCCAGGAAGAAACAAUGAACAGCCUGGCCUCUGUGGCCUAAGUAACUUGGGAAAUACAUGUUUCAUGAAUUCAGCUAUUCAGUGUUUGAGCAACACCCCUCCACUUACUGAAUAUUUCCUCAAUGAUAAGUACCAAGAAGAACUGAAUUUUGACAAUCCCUUAGGAAUGAGAGGUGAAAUAGCAAAAUCUUAUGCCGAACUCAUCAAGCAAAUGUGGUCUGGAAAAUACAGCUAUGUCACCCCAAGAGCCUUUAAGACACAGGUGGGACGUUUUGCACCUCAGUUUUCUGGGUAUCAACAGCAAGACUGCCAAGAAUUACUAGCUUUCCUCUUAGAUGGUCUACAUGAAGAUUUGAAUAGAAUUAGGAAAAAACCUUAUAUUCAAUUGAAGGAUGCUGAUGGAAGGCCUGACAAGGUGGUUGCUGAAGAAGCCUGGGAAAACCACUUAAAAAGAAACGAUUCUAUCAUAGUAGAUAUAUUUCAUGGCCUUUUCAAGUCAACCUUAGUUUGUCCUGAGUGUGCUAAGAUUUCAGUAACAUUUGAUCCUUUUUGUUACUUGACUCUUCCACUGCCUAUGAAAAAAGAACGUACCUUGGAAGUUUAUUUAGUUAGAAUGGAUCCACUUACCAAACCUAUGCAGUACAAAGUAGUUGUUCCCAAAAUUGGAAAUAUACUAGAUCUUUGCACAGCUCUAUCCACUUUGUCAGGGGUACCAGCUGAUAAGAUGAUAGUUACUGAUAUAUACAAUCACAGAUUUCACAGAAUAUUUGCUAUGGAUGAAAAUCUUAAUAGUAUUAUGGAACGGGAUGAUAUUUAUGUAUUUGAAAUUACCAUCAAUAGAACAGAAGAUACUGAGCAAGUCAUAAUUCCUGUUUGCUUAAGAGAAAAGUACAGACACACAGGUUAUAGCCACCAUAGUGGUUCAUCACUUUUUGGCCAACCUUUUCUUAUGGCAGUACCUAGAAAUAAUACUGAAGAAAAACUCUACAAUCUUCUAUUGUUGAGGAUGUGCCGAUAUGUAAAAACAUCUACUGAAACUGAAGAAACAGAAGGCUCCCUACACUGCUGUAAGGACCAAAAUAUUAAUGGGAAUGGCCCAAAUGGAAUACAUGAAGAAUGUUCCCCAAGUGAAAUGGAAACAGAUGAGCCAGAUGAUGAAUCCAGUCAGGAUCAAGAACUUCCCUCAGAGAAUGAAAACAGUCAGUCUGAAGAUUCAGUUGGAGGAGACAAUGACUCUGAAAAUGGAUUGUGUACUGAGGAAACUUGCAAAGGUCAACUUCUCAUGGGACACAAAAAGAGAUUAUUUACAUUCCAGUUCAACAAUUUAGGCAAUACUGAUAUCAACUACAUCAAAGAUGAUACUAGACAUAUUAGAUUUGAUGACAGACAGCUUAGAUUAGAUGAAAGAUCUUUCCUUGCUUUGGAUUGGGAUCCUGAACUGAAAAAAAGAUAUUUUGAUGAUAAUGCAGCUGAGGAUUUUGAAAAACAUGAAAGUGUGGAAUAUAAACCUCCCAAAAAACCUUUUGUGAAAUUAAAAGAUUGCAUUGAACUGUUUACAACAAAAGAAAAGCUAGGUGCUGAAGACCCUUGGUACUGUCCAAAUUGUAAAGAACAUCAGCAAGCUACAAAAAAAUUAGAUUUAUGGUCUCUGCCUCCAGUACUGGUGGUCCAUCUUAAGCGUUUUUCUUACAGCAGAUACAUGAGGGAUAAGUUGGAUACAUUAGUUGAUUUUCCUAUUAAUGACUUGGAUAUGUCAGAAUUCCUUAUUAAUCCAAAUGCUGGGCCUUGCCGCUACAAUUUGAUUGCUGUGUCCAACCACUAUGGAGGGAUGGGAGGAGGGCACUAUACUGCUUUCGCAAAAAAUAAAGAUGAUGGAAAAUGGUACUAUUUUGAUGACAGUAGUGUCUCAACUGCUUCUGAAGACCAAAUUGUGUCCAAAGCAGCAUAUGUGCUCUUCUACCAGAGACAGGACACUUUCAGUGGGACUGGCUUUUUCCCCCUUGACCGAGAAACUAAACAAGGUGCUUCAGCUGCCACAGGCAUCCCAUUAGAAAGUGACGAAGAUAGUAAUGAGAAUGACAAUGAUCUAGAAAAUGAAAAUUGUAUGCACACUAACUGAUGAAAGUCCUAGAAGCCAUAAAAGAGAGACUUUCCUGCCGGUGGUUUCUGUUGAAAUAAUGAAGUUACCCACCACAUGAAAACAGAAGUCUGAGAUGGGGAGUUUCGAAUAAGAGAAUGUAAAUCCUUUAUCAGAUUUUAACUUGUGCAGUACUUGAAGUGAAACACAAUGAAAACUUUAACAGAAAUUGUCUCUUAAUACAUUUACAGUCUUGUAUUUACAAGCUAAAUAUAUAUAGGAAAUCACAAAUAAACCCCUUUUAAGUUU